AUGUCUAACGUUACAACAGUUAUUGAAACUACGAGUUUAGCUAUGAUGCUUUUUCUUCAAGUACGCCCACGUACGAUUCAACAACAGUUUUUAUUUGAUUCACCGGAUACAUCGACAAAGAAACGUCUUCAAUCGCUAUCAACUAAUCCAUUUGCCAGUUAUCGGAACGUUCAAGCAGACAACACAACGAAGCAAAUUCUCAACGAAUUAAAGGAUCGAGAACGACGACAACGUUUAUGGAAGAUCUAUUACGCAUCAGCAGAAGAAAAGGACAAACCUCAUUCACAAUACUAUCAAACUAUUACAUCCGAUAGUGCUACUAUUGAUCGAAUUAAUCGCAAAUUAGCUGAAAUACAUCGCAUGGAUGUUGCUAAUGAUGACAGUAUAGUAUCCUCGCCAACACCUGUUUUGUCUAAUGAAAAUCGGCCAACAACUUUAGCUUCCGAUCCAACAAAAUUCUUUUCUAAGCGUUUUCCGUCACUUCGCCGACCCAAUGGUGGUGCGACAACCAAUACUCAGCCAACACUUUUUCGUGCUCAAUCAGAUGUUGAUACUAAAUCUGCAUCGAAUCGAACUACCGAAAUGGAACAACUCGUUCCAGGAAAACAAAUGUCAACUCCGGUGACCAAUGCUUCCCGUAAACGAAAUAAGUUCGCAAAUCGAUUUACUAUUGAAAAAGUUCUUACCGAAAAUUCAGCUCCUACCAGUGCGGCUGAGAACUCAAUCUAA